CCCAAGACAUCCACACUUCUACAACAAGAAAAAGCCUCUCCAUAUACCCCUCCACAAUUAUCACCACUGAUGUCUGCGAUAAAAAGAAAUAUCUCCGCCUCCUCAAAUUGACAGCACUUCGGCGCCGGUCUCCACACGCGACACAAUGGAUCAAGCAGAUAUCCCCGCCCUCCUCUCGCGCCUCUCCAGCGAUGAAGAUGCCAUGCGCAAGAUGGCAGUCUUUAAGCUCCAAUCUUCGAUCAACGAUCCCGCCUUCGCAGAUGCCUUCAUAUCUUCCGGCGGGCUCAACAUCCUGCGGCGAUUGAUCAUGACAACGGGAGGAAACACACUGGCAUACUCGCUACAAUCGCUGAGUCGCCUCCUCGAAGUUGACAUGGGAUGGGAGAUAUUCGAAGCCGCAGGCGCUGGGGAAUUGGUAGAGCGGGUCGUCGAGCUCAUCGUUACGCAUCCUCUGGUCAACAUUCUACGUGGGGCAAUGUCAAUAUUGGUCGCAAUCGUCAGCCAUCCGCAAUCCUCUCGAGGUGCUAUAAAAAUACCUAGCAACUUUGGUUUCCGAGCAUUGAAACCAGCAAUAGCAGUGUAUCCUCAAUUUUUCGAAAUGGUAGUAUCACAGCUCAACUCUGCGGACCAUGCACUUUGUGCGAAUGCCCUGAUGCUGCUUAAUGCUUUGAUGAGGGAUGCGAUCAGCGACACUGGGAAAAGUGAUACGGGCAAGGUCGCAGGGACUGGGGAGGAAUGGCCCAAGUUCAUAAAACGAUUACAAGAUCUGGGAGUCAUAAGGGCGGCAUAUAUUCUCAUGCAAAGCUCUGCUCUCCAAGAUCUCGCCCACCCUUUACUCGAAUUCCAGGCAUUGACGAAAGUUCUGCUGAAGAAGUGGAGGGAGGUAAGUGUUGAUCUGGAGAAGCCAGACCAUAGACGGGCAUUGAAAGGACUGCAUUUAUCGAGUGCGCCGGAACGGAAAGAACAUUAUGGGAACGGGUCAAGGGUAGAAGAAUUGGCAGAGAAUGGAAAGAAGGGAAGCAGACGACACAACCCAGAAAAGUGGAGGCGACUUGGAUUUGUGACGGAGAGUCCAGCAUAUGAAUUCGAUGAGACUGGGUUUCUCGGGAUGAUGGACCUGACGGAUUACGUGCGAAAGUACGAGGAUGGAUUUCAAAAAUUGCUUCUCGAACAAUCGUCCCGACCACUCCACGAAAGAUGUCCAUUUGCUCGAUCCAGCUUGGCAGUCACCAUGAUCUUAUACGACCAUUUCGAAGUCGACAAAUCAGACGUGGAAGACGCCAAGAAUUACCUUAUUUUGGACGGUAUGAAGAAUUACGACAAAGUUUUCAAGCCGUUAUUGUUGCAAUGGUCACGAUUGCAUGGUGCCAGUCUUCAAGCAUUUUUUAGACUAUGGAAAGCUACUGGAGCUACACGAGACGAUUUCGAAAAGGUAGAAGAACUGGUACGAAUCUUGGUGGAACAAGUUGUUGGACAAGCUCCACGAACCAAGGACGUUUCAGAAGUCGAGGAAGAGCUUGCGGAAUUCGAAUACAACCGCCUUCGUGAAUUGCAGAUGGAGUUGCUGGAAUUAACAUUUGAAGAUGAAUGGGGACAGCAUCUGUUGCAAGUUCGAGAAGAACUCAAGCAAGAAGCUCUACAUUUUGUCAAGGAACAGCGUGUUAGAUGUCUCCUCCAAGGUGCAUGGUUCCCGAAGUCCGUCCAAUACAAGAGCAGCAUGGACAAUGGGUAUCAAAACGGACCGAGGUCAUCCAAAACGUCAUGGCGGUUCGUGAAGCUCUCUCACAAUCGCCGGUGGCUUCACUAUGCGGACUUUCCUUCACCUACGACAAAAGAUCCCCCUCUUGAUGACCUUGGCGAGAAACUCGACGUUGGCUCCAUCAGCUCCGUUCUGUCCAAUGUUUCCGCAGCCGGUGACGAUACCUCAAGUAUAUCGAGUGGAUCAACUCUGAGAUCGCCAUCAAAGACGCAAAAGCAAAACCCAACAAAAAUCACCAUCAUGAGCUUUGUACCAGUUGAAGACGACAAGUCCGAAUCGUCAAAGAGACGCCAAGUCGAGCGACCGAUCUUGACCCUGAUACCCACCAGCCACAGCCUCGCAUCCGACUGGUUGGACGGCUUGCUCAUGCUGUUGAGCCAAACCCCAAUUACUGCCGAAACAAACAAAUUAUUGGCCUUGGCUGGCGAGUAUGGAUUGAAGAUUCGUCUUCUGAAUGUACGAUUAGAUGAUGGAUAUGGUGGACCCCCUGAAGGCGCUGGCGUCGUCCCAAGUAGGGAAGGCUUGGAUGAGGAUUAUUACUACGAAGUAUUGCCGUCCCGGCAUGCAAGGUUGCCAAACUCAAUUCAAGCCCGCGUCGGCUUUCCCGAGAUCCUAGGUUGAGUUUAUGUCAAGUCAAAAUUGGGGUUGGACAUGUGUCUGUGCACUUUUAUGAUCAUUUCCACAGAUAGCCUUCCGACAGGCGAGUGGGAAUGGCGUCGAGGGGGGUCUACGAUGCCUAUCAACCUGUCCUUUCAAUUUUCGUCAGCGGGCUGAUGAAGAAAGAGAUGUCGGGCGUUGUGGCUGGGUUUGUGGAUGUUCACGGCGAGAAGAAGUCUUGUGGGCUGAGUUUUGGGUUGAGAUGAGG